AUGGAUGUCCACAUAUCAGAGCAGUUCGUCCCGCCCCAAUUUAAGAUAUACGAUGGGACAAUAGACCCAGAAGCCCACAUUAAGACCUUUACCAACACAAUGGCAUUCCGCACAGGCAAUGACGCCAUCUGGUGCCGAGCGUUUUCCCUUUCGCUGGAAGGAGAGGCGUUGGAAUGGUUCAAUUCACUUCCUCCGAACGCCAUCGAGAACUUUGCGGGACUGCAACACAUGUUCAACCGUCAGUUUGCAAGUAGUAGCACUCAACACAUGUUCAAUCGAGUUGGUCAACCUAAGCCAAGGGAAGGAAGAAACUUUAAAAGGGUUCAUGGAUCGCUACUAGAAGACCGUACGACGGGUAAAGGGUUUAAGCCCGGAACUCGCCCUCUAAUACUUUUUGCCUGCCUCAAGCUUGGACCUUUCAAAGAUAGUGUUUGCCAACGAGCUCCUAAAAUCAUGGAAGAACUACGAGAGAGGGCAGCUGAUGAAAUAAUGGAAGAAGAAAUGAAGCAGUCAUAUAAGAAGGAGGGUCCGGAGAGUAAGGGAGAUAGGACCGACGAGAAGAAGUCGGACGAUCAAUACGGGAAGCCUGAAGGGUUCAAGCAGAGAGAGCCACCUAAGGGACCGAGAUUUCAGCAGUAUACCCCGUUGAACGCCCCUCGGGCAAGAAUAUUUCAAGAGGAGUUGAGCGUUGAUUUAAUCUGGGAACCAAAGAGACGACCCACACUGCCCGGGGCAGAUGGAAACAAACACUGUUUAUAUCACAAGACCAUGGGCCACACUACGAAGGAGUGCGUGAAGGACAAGAUUGAAGAGUUGAUCCGAGUUGGACAACUAAAGAAAUAUGUAAAGAUUGACCGUACCGAGGCACCACUACAGCGACCGCGGAGUCCCUGA